AAAAUUGGAUUCUAGCGGCACCCUGGAAACGUCGGAGUGAAUAUAAUACAACGCAUUAGUUGGUUUUACCAACACAGUUGAACAAACAUGAAUUCUAUUGUAACGACUUGUCCUAAAGUUUCUCUUUCCAAUGGCCUGAAAAUUCCAAUUCUUGGACUGGAUUUGUACCUGAUGCACUGGCCAGAUGCCAUGGUCCCAGGAAGGUCCAAUAGGGAGGUCAGGGUGGAGACCUGGAGGGCCUUGGAGGAGCUGUAUAAUGAAGGGGUGUGUCGUGCCAUCGGCGUGAGUAACUUCCUCGUCUCCCACCUGAAGGAGCUGAAGGAGGACUGUAGUGUGGUGCCUCACGUCAACCAGGUGGAGUACCACCCGUUCCAGCAGCCAGAGGAGCUGGUGGAGUACUGUCGCAAGGAGGGCAUCGUGUUCGAGGGCUAUUGUCCCCUGGCCAAGGGUCAAGCUCUCAGCCACCCCACCAUCCUCCAGCUGGCACACAAGUAUGCCCGCACGCCUUCUCAGAUCUGCAUCCGGUGGAGCGUACAGAAUGGAGUUGUCACCAUUCCCAAGUCCACCAAAAACGAGAGGAUCCUGGAAAACUGUCAAGUCUUUGGGUUCUCCCUCUCAGAUGAGGACGUGGAUCACGUCAGGAGACUCCACAGUGACAUGAAGCUCAUUCAUCUCAGCUACCCACUCUGGAAAGGAUUAACAUCUUAAAAUACAAAACAGAACUUUUAGAAAUUAGAUCUGUGUGUGUUUAUGGCUGUGAAUAGAAAUGGUGGGUGACUGGUGCUUCAACCAGAUUUGUGAAGCCAUAGUUGCUGCUAGCCUCACCCAACUGCCUUAAUGAGAUAUUAGUGCCUAUCCUCCUAAUCGAUGUGACUGGUAGGAUACUUGUUAACAUCAUUGAUUUAUAUAAAUCAGCCAUUACUGUAUGCCUAGACACAACAUUGCCUUAAUUCACUGGCUCUUAAAGAAUUAGGUCACCCAAAUGGUUAAUGGAAUUUUAGGGAGGCUAUGCUGCUUAGAUCAAUGCCAUUUUUGUACUCAACUAUUGCUAAUGCUAAACUGGAGCAAAGUUAACAAAAUAUUCCUUCUGGGAAUAUCGAGGUUAAGAUUAUUUUAAUUGUAAAAAAGGAUCCUUCCUCCGGAAUAUUGUAAUUCAUCGAUCAUGUCGUUGGUUAAAUAAAUUUUAAUAAAUACUUUGAGGGGAACACGGAGUUCAUCUCAAUUUAUCAGUUGCUUUUAUCAUUUUAUUCUCAAGGUACCGUAUACUCUGAGAAACACAUUCAGAAUUGAACCAGAAGGGCAUUAUAAAAUCAUGAACACUGCAUGGAUUAUUUUUCUUGAGGUGUAAGUGAACAAAAACAUCCUGAACUUAAAGAAAUAUAUAUAUAUAGGUUGCUCACAUGGGUAAAAACUUUAUAGCUAAACAUAGCUGGGUAUGCCAUGGUGAUCUUUGAAUAAGAUCAGCUGAAGGAGAAACAAAGGGGGAGGACAACCGCCACGCGUAAUAAUUGCACCGUUUAUUUUUAACAUACAUUUGCCAUUUUAUAAAGGAUUUUCACAAUGGGCUGUUGUGCUAAUCAAUUCUUAGUG